CAACGGCGAUUUGUAUACAAACAUAUUUGCGCUUACAAAAAGCGCUGCGCGUAAGCAAUACUGUCCAGCAGAAGUAACGCAGCAAUUGCAACUGCUACAUGAAGCCGCUACGUAGCGCUACGUAGCGCUAGCUUCGGCUAAACACACCCAAUGUUAGUGAUGUCGCGAAUUAAAUAUGUUGAUGCUUGUGUUACAGUAUAACAUGCGUUGUUGACAGCUAUUUGUCAACAAGAUGACAUUAAUCUUAAAUAAUUGCUGAAUCUUCUUUUGCAACAGAUAACCAAGUCUCCCCAGUGAAGAAAAGCAGAAAUCCAAUAAUUCAAUUUGCUCUUAAAUUUGUAUACGUGGCUACAUGUAAAACCGGCUAUGACACCUUAAUAAUAUACAAAAUAAGUAUACUAUGUAACAUUAUUUAUCAAAAAAAAAAAAAAAAACAAAUUUUGUAUAAUCCUGUACAAGUUAAAAGAGAAGAGACAAAAAUGUUGAACCGUUUCAAGUCAGUAUUAAUGAGUGCUGUAGGCGCAAGCGAACUUGGCCUACAGUAUCCUAAUGAUUCAGACAAUGAUAUGACAGAUUAUAUUAAUUCUAAUUAUGUUGUGGAAGUAGAGAAUAAACCUUACAGCCGUCCAAGUUUUCUAGGCUUGACUGCUGAAGAGACACAGGUGAGUGCAGAUCACAGAGUAAGGCCUAUAAUAGUUCCAAGAGAUUUGAGCCGUUUGCCAUGGUGCGCUGGUUACGCAGAAUGUAUCAAUGCUGGAAAGAGCACUUGGAAUGAGGAUCAAGCCUCUGCAACGCGAGGAGAUUUAAAAUUAUCAGAUAUCAAUGUCACAUUGCCUUACGUGAUGUUUUCUAUGUUUGACGGUCAUGCAGGGUAUCAAGUGGCUCUUACAGCAAGGCUACAUUUACAUAGGAUAAUUCUUGAAAGAUUACUAGCUAUCCCAGGCAACAUGCUGCUCAAUGAAGAUGAGAACGAGCUUAUAAAGGGCAGAGACCUGGUGAUAGGUGCUAUAGAAUUAGCGUACAGACAAAUGGAUCAAAUGGUAGAGAUGCAGGCUCAAAAUGGUGGUGGUGGUUGUACAGCUAUUACAAUUCUGUUCCUCAAUGGAAGAUUAUAUGCUGCAGGAGCUGGAGAUUCCAGGGCAGUAUUGGUUGUCGGUGAAGAAGAACGUGCUCUUACCAGAGAUCAUACCCCGGACUCCGAAUCGAAUCGCGUCAGAGCGUUAGGCUUCUUAAGAAGCAACGAAUUGCUCAAGGGUCAGUUCACUCCAUUGGAGUUUAGAAAACGACCACUGCAGAAAGAACUGGGAUCUAUGGUUUUGUAUAGAGAACCGUUUAUGACGGGUUGGGCAUAUAAAACUUUAACGCAUCCAGACUUAAAAUUACCGCUCAUUUCGGGACAUGGGAAAAGGAGCAGAGUAAUGGGAACAAUAGGUGUGACCAGAGGCUUUGGGGAUCACGGUUUGAAAGCAGCAAAUACAGGUGUUAGUAUCAAACCGUUCCUUUCAUCACAACCUGAAGUACAGUCUCUGGACUUGGACAGUUGUAAUCUAACUGAAAGAGACUGCAUUGUUGUCGCCACGGACGGGCUAUGGGAUGUAGUCUCGGAAAAAGUAGCGGCAACAAUACUUAGGAAGACACUUGCGCCGGACACACCAUCAUUAGAAUACAGACUAACAAUGGGUGCUCAAGAAUUGGUGCAAGCGGCAAGAGGACGAUUAAUCGGUAGAGUGUGGAUGGGAAAACCCGAGAAUCCUAACGAAACAGACGAGAAAUCCUCACCAAUAGCGUCGGUGGACGAUAUCAGUGUGUUAGUAGUACCUUUAUAUCCUUAUUUGUGCGAACACAAGCAAUGGCUAAAAACAACACAGCAAGAGCGAAAAUACGCCGCGGAUUUCUUAACGACGAUUUGCUUUGACUAUCCUAUAACUAACAAAUCAACUGACAAUCCCGCAUAAUGAAUCUUGACGACUGUCUGAUUAGAUGGUCCCCAAUGAAAAUAGAAACGUAGUAUUAUCCAGCUGGAUAAUACUAAUGGAUCACACCUACCCGCAUUAUUACAAUAGCAUUUUGCAAAUUCCUGGCUGCUUAUUUAGAAUAAUUUUAGCGACAAUUAUCUGCACAAUAGAGCAUAUAUUUUUUUUCUUCCUAAAGUAGUAAAUUAUUACAUACUGCCAUUACAAAUGUCCUACGAGAAAAAGUCUCUUAUUUAUUAUAUUCUUACAUUAUUUAAACGAACAUUCCAGUAUGACACGUGAGAAACGUGCACAAUAUUCCGAAAUAUUUGAAACGAGCCGUGUGACUAAAUAUUAUAGCUCGUAUAUAAACACUGAUUUCCGGAUUGUCUUUAAUGUCUAAGUAUAUAAGAUCUGUACACAAUGUAACAUUAUAUAAAAGAUUAAUAUUUUUA